AAAAACAAUGUGCUCUCAUGUGUUUGUCAAUGAGAUAAAAUAAAAACUAAAAAUAGUAAAUCUAAAAAUUGAGCAUUAAGAGUGUUAAUUUGUAACUGUCUGUUUUUCAUUUAUAAAAAGGUGUUUCAAAUAUACUUUUAAUAAGUACACGUGUUAAGACUUGUAAAUUUUUCUUUUGUAUUAACUUUUAAUUCACAAAAUGACUGAAAUAGAUAAUGUGAACUCUGAUGGUAAUUCAAAAUAUAAAGAUGGAGUUAAUCGAAACGCCCGUUUGAUAGUGAGAAACGUAUCAUUUAAGGCAACAGAAGAAAAUCUUAAAGAGCAUUUUUCACAAUACGGCACCGUCGAAGAGGUUAAAUUAUUGAAGAAACCGGAUGGGAGACUUGUUGGGUGCGCUUUUGUACACUACACACAUGUUCCGAUGGCCAAUAAAGCGUUGAAUGCGACAAAUAAAAAACCUUUUCUUGGUCGACCCAUAUACGUAGCCUGGGCGGUACCACAACACAAGUAUAAUGAAGAAACACAAAAUAAUGGUUCUAAGAAAAGAUUCAAAAAUUAUUCUGAAGAUUCGAAACCAGAAAUAAAAGAUGAACCAGUGUCAAAAGAAGAGAAGGAUAAUGCAAGGGUUAAUCGUAGAGCACGUCUAAUAGUCCGCAACAUAUCUUUCAAAGCAACCGAGGAAUCUUUAAAAGAUCAUUUUGCACCAUAUGGUGUAAUCCAAGAAGUAAAGUUACUCAAGAAACCAGAUGGUAAACUCGUUGGAUGUGCUUUUGUACAUUAUAAGAAUGUGCCAAUGGCUAAAGAGGCCAUUUUGAAUACCAAUUUAAAACCAUUCUUAGGUAGACCGAUAUCGGUGGAUUGGGCGGUACCUAAAGACAAAUACAUGCAACAUGUUAUCAACAAGCAAAUAGAAAUGGAGGAAAAUAUCAAGAGGGAAGAUUCGGACAGUGACAAUGAUGACAGUCCAAUGAAUGUUUCUACCGAUGAUGUGAAGCAAGAGAUUAAAAGUGAAUCAGACGAUGAUGAACAUGAAAGUGAAAAAGAUGGUGAUGAUGAUGACGAUGACCAAGAAUCAGAUUCAGAAAAAGAUGAAAAGUCAGAAAGUGAAGAUGAUGGAAAUGAAAGUGAAGAGGAAUCUGAGGGCGAUGAAGACGAUGAAGACGGUGAUGACGAUGAUAAGUCUGUUACGAGCUCUCAGCCUGAUAUUCAGCGGAGAAGAUUAAACGAUGCAGAAGACGGUUGUACAGUUUUUCUAACAAACAUACCGUUCAGUGUUGAUAAUGAUCAGCUGAAAACCUUUGCAGAGAAGACGGGCCCCGUGAAGUAUGCGCUCAUCUGUGUUGACAAACUCACUGAACACUCGAGGGGCUCUGGAUUUGUUAAAUUUACUAACAAAGAAGACGCGGAUCGCUUCCUAUCGCUGGAACCAUCAGAAUUGAAGUUGGAAGGUCAAACGAUGCAAGUGCGGCCUGCUCUUAAGCGGGACAACCUCACCAGCGGGAACAAGAAGCAACCCAAGGACAACCGCAAUUUGUAUCUGGUUAAAGAAGGAGUGAUCGUGGCGGGCACUAAGGCGGCGGUGGGCGUGUCCGCGUCCGAUAUGGCGAAGAGACUUGCACUCGAGCGGAGCAAGACGCAGAUGUUAAAGAACUUGAACAGGUUCGUGUCCCGCUACCGGCUGGUGGUGUCCAACCUGCCGCCCUCCUGCGACGACGCGCGCCUGCGCCGCGAGUGCGCCCGCGCCGCGCCCCGCGCCGCCAUCACGGAGGCGCGCGUCAUGCGCGACCUGCGCGCGCCGCUGCAGCGCGACGGGAAGCACCCUUCUAAGGGGUACGGCUUCGUGAUGUUCAUGAGGCAUGAAGACGCGCUGGCGUGUCUGAGGAAACUAAACAAUAACCCGGAUAUCUUCGACAAGAACAAUAGGCCGAUUGUAUCUUUCUCAAUAGAAGAUCGAACAGCCUUAAAUGCAAGGAAGAAGAGAUUGGAAAAAUCUGUAGCGAACAAUCCCUUAGCAAAAAAGGGUCAGCAGGAAAAUGAAAACAAAGAUAUGCGCAAGUUCAGAAAACGGAAACACAACGCACCAGACGAGAGCUACAUGAAAAAGAGAAAGUUUGAUAAUAACAAUGAACAAAAACAAGAAUUUGGAAAAAUAAAGAAAAGAAAAUUUGAAAAUAAGAACCAAGAAAAACAAGAAUCUGGAAAAUUCGUCAAGAGAUCUAAAGAAACUGAAGAAUAUUUAGGAUUGACUGCUAGAGAAGGGAGUCAGCAUCAAAUGAGAAGUAACUAUAAAUUAAAAACUCAAGCUAACAUUCACAGACAAACUAUCAAACUUGAAAAGAAAAAAAAUAAGAGAACGAUGAGGUUAAAAAUGGCGGCUCGAGAGAGAAUAAAACAACCGAAACAGAAAAUAAACAAAAACAAAACAGGAAAAAGAAAUAAGAAAAGGAAAUUCGACGACCAAAUAUUUUAAUGUACAUUUUUUAGGAAAGUAAUAAAUUAAUAUCCCCCACAUCGUCUUUUGUUUUAUAUCCACGAAUAAUAAUAUCAUUCACAUAAUAAUGGUCAUUUAACCUUUUGAACGCCAUAGUCACCUAUACUUGACAAGGGCUUGUUAGUCCUGUGCGCCAACGACGUCUAUAGGCGACAAAAAACCUGGACCACAAAAAUAUUAAAUAAAAUUAUUAAAAAAA